UUCAUUUGCUCAUUUUAUUUUUUCUCCCGUACCAAAGCGGUUCUGUGGUCCAACGGACGCGAUCUCUCCGCCGAGUCAAAGAGUCCCCCGGUCGCCGCCCAGCCCCGCGCGGACCCCCGGGGCACAGCAGCGGAGUCUGUAAUUACAGCAGCAAAAGCUGAGUGGAUGUUUCUUCAAAUAAGUCCCAAACAAUGUUGAGAGGAUCUAAAACUCCCCUGAAAGUUAAAGAAAAUGAACAGCAGGAAGAGGCCUCUUGCCCUCUGCCAAGAGCCCAGAAGAGCUGCAGAGUGACCAAAUCCAAGGCCAUCAGAGCAUCCAGGAAGGAGAAUUUCACUGAUGGGAGCCAGGCACGGUCACCAAAACGUGCCCCGAAGUGCCCCAAAGGCCCCGAGGAGAAUCUGUGUCCCCUGCAGGGGGCUGCUGUGGGCUGGCAGCUCCCUGGGGGCUGCUCUGGGGGGGAUGUGCUGCUCACUGAGCCCCCCUUGCCCACCAGGGAGGGUGUGUCCAGCAGCCCAGCUGUUCCCUUGGGAAGUGGCUUCUGCACUCCUGAGAGGGACAGAGUGGAAGGAGAAGCUGCUUUGGGGCUCUCUGAGCAGAGGAAGAAGCCCAUGGCCAUUGGUGCUGUGAUCAGUGCUGAGUGUGGGAUUGCUCAGGAAAGUCCUGCAACACGAGCCACAGGGGCUUCCCCAACUUCACUAAAAUUCAGGAGAAGAUCAACCAUUGGCUUGAGGGGAUCACCAGAGAACAACACCCUGAUCAGGUUCCUGGCCCAGCAGAGGAGCAGCAGGCACAGAGAAGCUUUCACCCAGAUCAGUCCUUUCAAACCUGCAAGUGUGAGGUCGCUGAAGGACAAGAUCAGCAUUUUCCAGGCCUCCUUUGAGUCCCUGCAGGAGGCUGAGGGGGAGCCUGGGCUCCCACACCUGGGGGCGCCUUCCCAGCAGGGAACUUCCUCUCAGGACAAAGCACCUUUUAAAAAAGAGCCAGACCUGGAGCAGUGGAGUGGAAAGUUCAUGCUGGGCAACAGAGGAGCUGCUUUAAAAGAGAAUUUCAGAGAAAAUGGGACCCAGAGCAGCAGGAGUGAGCUCAGGAUCUGCAGCAUCUUGUCCCCACAACGAGCUGUGACUGCCACUGCUGCCAAGGAAUGGGUUUGUGAGCAGCAAAAUCCUGUUCAAUCCUUGGACCCUGCUGUAACUGGGGAGACCCUGGAAAGAGACCAUGUGUCCCAGCUGGGUGCUGGCUCUGCAGGGGCCGGCUGGGAGCCCAGUGGCCCUGGGGGUGCUGUGCCAGCCCCCAGCAGGAGCUGGGCUGGGGAAGGUGGGAGCACUCCCAGCUCUGCCCUGGGCCACAGCAGCUCCCUGCUCAGAUCCAUCCUGAAGAAAACCCCAGCCAAGGAGCUCCUGGACACCCCCAGGGCUGACUCAGGGCCUGCACCAAGGAGGAGCUUCCAGGAAUAUUUAAACAGUGCCACUGAUGGAGGAGGAGAUGAAUCUGCUGCAGUCUCCAAUUGUGUAGAAGCCUCUGAAACACUGCAAACAGAGAGUGCUGACAGCUCCAAAACACCCAAGAAGAAAAAAGUGACUUUUGGGGAAGUUCUGAGCCCCGAGAUCUUUGACCAGAGCCUGCCUGCCAACACCCCCCUGCGCAGAGGAGCCUCCCCAGGGAGGGCACAGAGCCCCUGGACACGGCCAGGCCUCCCUGAGGAGCCUCUGCCCCUGCUGGACUUUGGCUGGGAUGAGGAAGGUGUUGAGCCUCUCCCAGAAUUCCCAGAAGGUUCAGAAGCCCCUGCAGAAGCCCCUGCCCCUGUUGAAAUUGCAGAAAUUGCAGAAGUAGCAGAGACUGACAAACCUGACAUGGUAACAACUCGUUCUGCUGCAAAGAGGAAGUGCAGGGCUGUGGCUCAGGACCCUGAUGGGAGCAGCUCAGGAGCCACAAACACUGAGAAUGUCAAGGACACCAAAAACCCAGAAAGGAGCAAGAUCCAGAGACAGAGGAAUCCAAGCACAGCUGUUCCCAAGAAGGCCCAGAGAAAAACCCGCCCAAGCUAUGGGAAAAGAAGAAAGAAAAAAGUCAAGGAAUCUUUGUAUGGGGAAAGAGAAAUGGCUUCUAAGAAACCCCUGCUCAGCCCUAUCCCUGAAAUCCCAGAGGUUUUCUCUUCUGUGUCAUCUCCAGACUCACCAAAGGCAGAUGCACUUCUUACAGAGGGUGCCGGUGUGGGUGACCCCGAAUGCAGGGGCAGUGCCCAGCAGCCCCAGGCUGGCAGGGUGCAGGGGCUCUGUGCAGCUGCUCCGUGCCCUGCGCUCCUGGGGGAGGCAGCAGCCGCCAGCCCUGCAGACUCUGAGGUGCCAGGGAGCCUGGAGGCAGCUCCUGAGUUUUCAAAUGCUGUGCCAGAUGCAGAAGGUGAUUUUGAUACAUCUGAUUAUUUCCAGCAAGGCAAAGAGACUCCAUGUGAAAAAGAAGCAAAAGAAAGCAGUUCCUUGAUAGAAAAGGAAGAAUUACAAAGAAAUCUUCUAACUGAGCUUGAAAUUGUGGAACAACAGGAGGUACAGGAGGGUGCCCAGAGAGCCAAGUGUCCUCAGAAGGAUUCUGUCAGACAUGAGCCAGCAAGGAGAAGAAGAAGAAGCAGCAGUGCCUUCUGCUUCCCUCCUGUUGAGAACCUGGCAGUGCCUGGGGCUGACCCUGCAGUUUGCUCUUACAGCGUGGAGGAGGUGCUGUCAGUGCCGCAGGGCAGGGGGAGCCGCGGGGCCGGCGCGGAGCUCCGGGUGAGGCGCAGCCUGAGGCUGAGCAGGGACGGGGCCGGCUCGGGGCUUGCCUGGAUCGAGGUGCCCAGGGAGCCUCCCCUGCCCGCUGCUCCCAAAGGCAGCAGACGCAGCAGCACCUCCGUCCUGGCCGGGCCUGGGAAUGUUCACAGGGAGCAGAAGCUCCUCCCCCUGCCAGCCCCGGGCACGGAGAGUGAGGGCUCUGCUCCCCUCGCUGCAGCUCCUGCCAGGAGGUGGAGGAGGAGAAGCCUCUGUGAAGCCACAGCUCAAGAAACGCCCUGGGCUCCCACCCAGAGAAGGAGAAGCACAAAUUCUGUGUGUGGGAAGAGCAGGAGUGACCAAAACCACUCAGGAGCAGCAGAAACUCUUGAGCUGAGCUUGAAGGAUGUUUCAGGCAUCUCUGGUUUUCUGAAGUGAAGGUGCUUCUCAGGCCUUGUGUUGUGUCUCAAGUGCAGUUUUCUUCUUUCCCACUUGUAUUUCCUCACUUAUUUUCUUAUUCAUUUUCUGGAUAACUUAGAACUCAUUUUCCUUUUCUUGAUGCCUAAAAUGUUUGAAGAUCUGAACUGUUUGGCAUUGGUCUGGUUAUGGCAGGUAAUGAAGAGAAUUAAAAAAUUCUUCUCCCUGAUAAAUGUGGGUUUGUUUUUAGCAGUUAAACCAGAACCAAACGUGUCCUUCCAGCCACAAUUGCUCCAAGGCUUUGUUUCCUGUGUGUGACCAUUCCCUAGAAAUUGCUGUUGAAAUCUGCAUAUAUUUUCUUUUAGAUUGCAAAACUGCACUCAAAAGAGAUUGUCUGCAAUGAAUAAAGGAAUCACUUCCUCCUCUUCCCUUUCAAGAAGUGGGGAACCUGUUUCUACCUUCUGGAGAGGCUUUGGGCAUGAGCAGAGGUGGAGUUAGAGUGAGAUUUAGUGUUAGAGUUCAUGAACUGUUCUCUUAUGUAAAGGGUGGUCAUUAAAGAAAAAAAAAAAGCUUUUAGAUAUUUAUUUGUGUAAAAUUCAUCUGACCAAUGCAAUUGGCUGAGGGGAGAGAAGCAUUGGCUGGGCUUCAUUUCCAGCCCUGUGUGUCCUGAGCCCAUCCCCUGCUGGCCCCGGUGGAACAGAGGGAGCUCUGCAGCUGCUCUGCUCCAGCCUCUGCUGCUGCUUUCAUUUUUCAGCUGGGCUGUUCCAGCCCUCAGGGACGCCCGUGCCAGCCUGGAGGAAAUGGCUUUGUGUCCAAUGCAGUCCCUUCUGUGACUGCUUUGUGCCAUGAGUGAUGUGGGAUAAAAUCCUUGAUGUACUUAGCUGCUUUUAUAGAGCUUGAAAGAAACCAGAGCAGUUGGAUUUUUAUACCUCUUGCUCCCAAGACAAGAAUUCCUCAAGCAACUUGAAAGAAACUGCACUGUUUAAGCUGUUUGAGUUCCAGAAUCCUUGGGGUUGGAAAAGAGCUUUAAGAUCAGAGUCCAGCACUGCCCUGUGGCCCAUAAACCACGUCCCCAGGUGCCACAUCUCCAUGUCUUAAAUCCCUCCAAAAACAGUUACCUUAAUGUUUGGCUUGGGGAUUUGCUUUGGGGUUGGUUUGGAAGCAGACUGGAGAGUUGUGGGCUGGAUGCUGAGCUUGGCUGCCAGGAGAGGGCAGCCUGGGCUGGGAUUUCUGCUUGGAAGGGAAAGAACAUCAUGGACAAACCCUGAGAGGCUGGCUGAGCUUAUCAUGUAAAGCUUAAAGAAUGAGUAAAUGAGUAAAAAUAGCUGCACCUUUUAUUGUUCAAAACAAAGCAACUGAGCUGUGCACUGGAAUUAAACUGGGCUGGAAUCAGGUGGGAGUUUGAUCUGGAAAUCACUUUGUGCCUGAUCAGCCAGGUUGUACCUGAGCUGUCUGGGUGUCUCUGUGCAGCUUUUAGGUACCAAAUCCAGCCCUGGGUGACACUGGGGCUGUCACACCCUGAAUGCCAGGCACCAGUGAGACCAAGGC